AGAGUACACAACUUAUAUCUGAAAAUCGAUUUGCGUAACCUUGCAAUAUUUAUUUCCGAAAGUGAUUUCUGCAAAUCUGAAAAUGGACUUUCUGUUUACACGGCAAAGUAGUAUUUCGAUUUCGCAUUUUGACAGCGAAAAGCGUAGAAAAAGCGCUUGCAUUGCCUCGUUUAACCGCACUUUUACUGGUCUUACCUUUCCUUGUCAGUUCGUCAGCUUCGUCUUCGGUCACACUUAGGUUUGAAAUCCUCUGUUGUUGUGACUUAGCGAUCACGCAGAUAUAAAAAUUAUAACUGAAUGGGGUGCUGGAUGCAUGAAAAGCUUGGUGUGUUCGGAUAUAUGUACAAAAACACGGUGCAUUCUUGGUACAAACAUAUCUAUGUACAGUUCUGCACAUAAAAUAAGUUAAGUUUGGUAACUUUCUGGUGAUUUUGGUAAAAUACUAAAAGAAAUCUUGGUAACACUGUUGGUCUUGUUGACAACAGCAUUUCUAAACUGACAGUUGUCACCAGCGAUUGGCAACGCCGAGUGUAGCCCCAAAAUACAAGCAUGUGUAUUUUGACAAUUGAGCGCGAGUUUUGACAGGGCGUAGCUCCACAUCGCAUUGAGCAAUUUCUAGUUGGUGUUUGCUUUGGAUCUUGUUUGGGUUGGUGGUUCCAAUUGGACGCAACUGCUAGCGGAUAGGUUAAAAAGUGAAAAAAGUGCAUAAACAAUUUAUAUCGCCAAUUGAAGCUUGUUUUCUUCGACAAUUUUGUGAUUGUGGUGCACUGGAACUGUAUUGUGCUGUCCCCCAACUCUGCGAGUUCUAGUACGUACGUUUGUCGCGGCGCGUGCCCGAUCAUACAUACAUACAUAUUUGUUUAUACUGUUGUUUUAGUGGAGCUCCUCAAGGCAUCUCGCAUUCGCGUAUCUCAUAUAAACUGUCGCGGUCGAAGUCGUUUCUGCUUUGGAGAAGUAGCGCUGGCAUUGGGGCGAACGCACUCACACACCCAUGUCUACAAUUGUGGUCAAACACGCACGGACAGUUGGAUGAGCAUACAACAAUAAGAAAAAUAUGAACAAGAACACUUGUACGUUCUAUAGUUGUUCUUGGUUUGUUUUUUAUUUAAAUUGAAAUUUAUUACACUUUUGAAAACAUACUGUGCUGUUGUUUUCGGUCGGAUUAGUCGAUCAGUGGUUUGCGUUGUGCUCAGCUAUUAUUCUUUUAUUAUUUACCUGCUUUAACACAACGGGGGCCGUGCUCUAAAAAGUUUAUAUGCUUUUAACAUAUUUUAAAAAGUUUACCUAUAAAUAAACGAGAAAACUACAAAGGAAAGCGAAUACUUCUACUACAUACUUGAGUGUAAAAACUAAACGCGAGCAGGAGGAAUAAAUCAGAAAACGCAAAAAAUUUUAGUAGCACCCAAAAAUUCAACCGCGCACAUAGUUCAACAUGGAUAUGGAUACAGACAAUGAGAAAGAGGUGCUCUGCGAGAAAAUCAUUAACGACAUACAUGCGGUAUUCCUCAAGGACCCAGACCUCUCCACCUUCGAAAUUAUACCGACCUUCUUGAAUCGCAACAAAUCUCCCGUGAUCCACACUGAACACCAUCUUGGUUUGGAGUCGUGGUGCAUGAAACAUGUCUACCAUCAUUCACACAAAACCAUAAUCGGCUACCGGCGCCAACACCAGCAACGUUAUCUGCAACACAGCGAUGUUUUGCUGAAAUAUCUGAAUGUAGCGCUGCUCGUCAACCCGGAUGUGACCACAUUCUGGCACAUACGCCGCCAGAUGGUACAGACGAAUCAUUUGAAAAUAAAUUGCGAAUUUAAAUUCUCUGCGUUGAUAUUGUCGAAAAAGCCGAAAUCGAGCGAGGCAUUCGCUUACCGACGCUGGCUGUACUCGUUUCAGAGUCAUGACGCCAUCGAUUGGCCCAGCGAGCUGGGUAUUUGCGAACGUUGCGCCGACCGCAGCGCAAACAACUAUCACGCCUGGACGCAUCGCAUGUGGGUAUUGCAAAACGAUCGCGAUCUCAUAUGCUCGGAGCUGAUGAUGACCGAGAAGUUUAUGCGCAAACACAUCAGCGACUACAGCAGUUAUCACUAUCGACAGACGCUGAUACAGCACGCCUACGCGAUGUGCUACUACGAAUCGAAUGAGCUGGAGCAUUUGCACAACUUGAAAGAUCUGAUAAGCUACUAUCUGGUCGAUGAUUUGGAGAUACUCAGCACCGCUGAUGUGUUGCAGAUAAUGUUGCCCGGUGUUGAUCAGGCAGCGGUGGGUGAGCAACGCUUGAGCUCUUUCCUGUAUUGCUGUAAUUUGGCAGCGCACGACAUACGCUUGUGCGAUGAUCAGAAGAAUAUGUAUGGGGAACGCGAAUCAUUCGAAAAUCAUCGACGCGCUUCGCUGCGCUUCAUUGUAGAGAACACUGUGCGUUUGCUGCAUGGCGAACUGCCGGGGCUGUAUCUAGCGCCGCGCACCUAUGCACAAUUGCAGGAAUUCAAUGCGGCGCUAAAGAAGUUUGAUUAUGGCGCGUACACGUUUUUGGCGGCGCUCAAGCGCUCGGAGAGCAUGCUGGGCGAGAAGCAUCGCAAAUGGUGUAAGAUAUUUUUGGGCUUCAAUUAUGCGUAAGGAGAUGGUGCGUCCGUUCGCAAUGCGAUCGUUGGCGUAGUGGCCUGUUUUCAAGCGAAUUUUUAUACACUCACGAAGAAACAUUUGUUUGUAAUGAUUUCGAUUAGUACAAAUUGAGGAUCAAGCGAAA